CAUAUACAGUCGUGUACGGAUGAAUACAGGCUGGCUGUUUUCUGACGAGAGACAUAUGCUACGUAGUAGGGCUUCCCCCCCAAAGCCCUGCACAUGGGGGACCUCGUCAGCUCCGCCCCCGGGCCUGGCCGUGCCGUCGCGCCCACAGCCUUGUCAGCUUCCGCUUCGAGAGCACGCACGACGUCGUCUUACUACGUAGCAUGGUCAGCCAGCCGCGAGCACUGCCUUCCAUCAGCGUUCCGUUCGG